GCUGUUGUCCGACAAAGCUGAUGUGAGGCUUAGCUAGAGCUUAACCUGCGCAAAUCUCCCCGUCUUGAAUCGCCAAUCGGGGGACAAGACAGUUUGGGGAAGUUGCCCAGCACAGUGAUUGACCAUUGACCAGUGCCCUCCAUACCGGAGAGUCAUAGCAGGUGAAACCAGUGUGAAGCUCGUUAACUGCAUACCUGCACAGGUAGUUCAAGCAUCUGGUUUAGGGGACAUCUUGCAUGGGAUAGAGACGUCACGCCUCAUUGCUUGGACCUCACAUUGUGGACAUUGUAAAUCUAGUCUCCUGCUGGUUCCUUAUUUAACCAGCAUCCUGAUAAUUCAAAAUGGCCACCACUGAACAGAAAGUUGACCCUUCCAUCUUGGGCGCCAUCAAGGCAGACCACAAACUGAAGCAUGUGGACACAAGCGAGAAAAACCCUCUCCCAUCCAUGGAAGAUGUAACUCAGGAGAAGAAUCAUCAACAAUUCCUUGAUGGAGUCAGCACGUUUGAUAAGUCGACAUUCCAUCAUGCGGAAACAAAGGAAAGGGUUAUUCUGCCCGACACCAGUAUUCUAGCGGAGGAGAAGAAGAGGGAAACUCACCUCCAGGACAUUAACAAGUUUCCCCGCACUGGGCUUAAACGCACUAUCUCUCAGGAGAAGAAUGUCCUGCCCGAUGUACAAACCCUGGCCCAGGAAAAGACCAUGCAUAACAUCAGCCAGUUCGACAAGUCCGGACUGAAGAAGGCAGAGACUGUGGAGAAGAAAGUUCUUCCUAACAGUGAGGACAUUGGCCAGGAAAAGAAGGAGACUGAACUGAGGAAAUCCAUUGGAGAAUUCAGCAAGGACAACCUGAAGCACGCAACUACGAACGAGAAAAAUACCCUUCCACCAAAAGAUGCCAUUGAUGAGGAGAAGAAACAAAAGGAGUUUGAAAAUUCGAUCCAGCGUUUCCCGAAGGGCAGCCUUAAGAAGACAGACUGCAAAGAGAAAACUUGUUUGCCUUCCAAAGAAGAUAUUGAAGCCGAGAAGUCUGGUGCAGCAUAGACAAGGGCUAUGACUUGUUGCUACAGGUUACCGACUGCAUGUUACUACUUGUAUCUAGCAUUGUACAUAGACAUGUGAUAAAACGUUAUAUACAACAUGUAUAUGAUGCAUACCAUCUGGAAUUUACAGCUGACUUAAAUUCCCUGCAUAUUCAAAAGUGAAUUUCCAACAUAAAAUUCAAGUAUUGAUUUUCUGAUUUUGCAUCCUGAAAUUGAAGUUGCCAAAUUUUUCAACAUUGCAUUUUAUGAUGAGAAUUGUUUCAAUACAGAUUUAUCAAGGCCAUCUGAACGGCAAAUAUUGAACAAAAGCCAGUAAAAAAAUCCAAAUUAGUACUAAUGUUAUGGCUUUGUAAAAUUUUAGAAAAUAUGAACAUUACAAAUUCCAAUUUUGAACAAAAUAAUGAUUGCUAAGGGCACUCUGUUUUGAAUUUUUGAUAUGUCCCUGCAAUAAUACAGUUCAUCCUUAUUAUACACUUGUUAGAACAAACCAUGGCAUUAUCUUGGGCAGUGACUAUCGUAGAGGUGUUAUACGUCAUACUGCAACCUGGGUGUACAGUAUACACCAACUGUAUUCCAUGCAUUGCAUUGUAGUUUAUUGUUAUAGAUGUGUAGACAGUCAUUUGUUCAGCACCGACCCCUCUCGCAGAUUGUGCUAUCACUUGUAUCCAGGUUCAGGGCCAACAUUCAUACUUCUCCAUCGAUCAUGCGACUUGUUACAUAGCCAAGAUGAGUUAUCUCCCUUGAUUUUGUCUGUUUCUUCUACUCAAAGUGAUUUUACCAUGUCUAGAUAUGACAGAUGAUCAGAAAUGAUCAGUGUUUGAAUAGUCUUUUCUAAUCCUGUACAUCUAAUGUAAAAUUAAACCUGUUUUUAUGUUAUAGUUGUUGAGGGAAUUGAUUUGAUCUUGUGGUUAAUGCGUUUUGCAUUAAACCCAUUUUGAAUUUGUUUACUUUUAUUUUUGAUUAUAUGUAAAUCAUUUAAUAAAGUUUAAUAAUUUCUUGUUGGAAAAAUCAGGUUAUUAACAUCCUAAAUUGACAAAAAUGGAAAAUGUGUACAAAACAGUUGAUUCAGCUUGUUAUGUGAAGUUGAUACCGUAGUCAACAUUUUUAGCGCCCUGCAUCAAGAGACACGAAGUAUUAAUUCAGAAGGUGUGGCACAAUAUACCAAAAUAUUCUCACAUCCCUAAUGCAUAGAAAGCAUAUGGUGAUAUGUCUUUUUCUACCCGUUGGGAUCUUUGUGGAAAUAAUCAGAAAUUGUCUGCGUCUAGAGAUUUAAAUUACAGGAAAUUGUAUCAUGUUGUUGCUUCAGCACACAUUUCAGCUAUUUGUUACGGUGUCAUGGCUCUUCAUGUGUUGAAGACUGUAUGUUCUCACGAGUUAACUUGAGCCAUAUGACUUGUACUUUUUGGUCAAUCCUCUGAUCUUGUUUGUUUCUGAAUGUCAGGAGAAGAAAUGUGGUGCUUUAUACUUUUUCAUGUCGGUUUAUGUAGUUACUAUACCUUCAUAUGUACUUAGAAUGUUUACAGCCUGUGCUUGUUUUAUUAACAGUAUUAACCUUGCCAAGAUACACACAGAAGCUAGUCCAAAAUUGUCGAUAAGAAAAAAUAUAUACAAAACUUCGAAACAUUGCUGUUAUUUUGAUCAAUUUGAUCUGUUUGUUUUUAAAUAUUAAUGUUUGAAACUUUUGUUAAUUUUUAUUUGUGAAGAAAUUUGUCUGUAUUUGAUUUUUGGGUGUCCGGUUUCCUGGGGACACGACGGUAUUUGAAUAUGACAGCAAGGACAUGACUUGCUUCUUUUGGUGACCUUCGUGAGUUGUCGCUUAACUUUCAUCUGUAUAUUGAUGUAUGCCAUCUUAGAAUAAAAUCAUAUUUUCUGGUUCAA